AUGCCAAAUGGAGAGGGCGCUCCGGCUCCAGCACCUCCGCCUCCGCCCUGCCUCCCUCCCCCUCCCCCUCCGCCUCCUCCACCCGCUCCUGGCGGCAGCCUCUUCUCACGGAGCGUCCAGCGGCGGUCCAGGAUGCGCAACUUCAACUGGGAGGCCAUCCCGCGGCAGAGCGUGCUGGGCAAGCGCAACGUGUGGACGGCGCAGCGGCCGCUGGAGGACUUCGAGCUGGACACCAAGCGCAUUGAGGAGCUGUUCAGCCACAGCGAGCAGAGCCACCCACCGAAAGAUGCCACCUCCAGGAAGAGCGUGAGAGGACUGCCGCACACCGCCCAGGGCACUGAGGUGGUGGCCAUCCUUAACUCAAAGAAGAGCAUGAACAUCGGAAUCUUCCUGAAACAGUUUAAGAGGCCAAUGAAGGACAUGGUGGAGGAUAUCCGUCAGGGAAACUUGAUGAAGUUUGGAACGGGGAAACUGAAGGAGUUGACAAAGCAUCUGCCGGAAGAGGGAGAGGUGAAGAAGCUUCUUGCCUUUAGCGGUAACCUGCGCCACCUGUGUGAGGCAGACCUGUUCAUGGUGAUGCUGGUCAAAGUGCCCAGCUAUGAGGCACGUCUCCAUAGUCUGGUGCUCAGAGAGGAGUUUUUCCCCCUCAUCGAGGAGAUUAAGCAGUCCAUCGCUGUCAUGGCGACAGCUGCCAAAGAGCUGCUGAACUGUGAUGAUCUGCACUCCAUCAUCCACCUGGUGCUUAAGGCUGGAAACUAUAUGAAUGCUGGUGGCUAUGCUGGCAGUGCUAUUGGCUUCAGGAUGACCUCCCUGCUGAAGCUGGUGGACACCAAGGCAAACAAGCCUGGCAUGAACCUAAUGCACUACGUGGCCAUGCAAGCACAGGAGAUUGACGCCGCCUUGCUGAAGUUCCCUGAUCAACUUCAGCACAUCAGGGCCGCAGCGAGAAUUCAAAAGGUGGAAGUGGAGAUGGACUUUCAGAGGGAGGUGGAGAAAGUGAGAAAGGCAAAGGCAGACGCUUCCAAAGAACCGGACCUGCAGUCACAGAUGGAGAGUUUCCUAAGGAGAGCGGAGUCACGGCUGGCAGGAAUAGAGGUCUCUUUACAGGCUCUCAACUCAGUCAGCCACUCAGUAGCAGAGUUCUACUGUGAAGACCCUGGUGCCUUCAAGCUGGAGGAGUGCUGCUCCAUCUUCCACUCCUUCUGCGAGAAGUUCAUGCGGGCCGUCCAGGAGAACCGCGAGCGUGAGAUGCUGGAGGCGAAGAGGAGGCAGAGGGAGAGGCUGCAGAAUGCCGCUAAGCGGAGGUCCGUGGCCACCUGCUCCACCCUGGACAGAGACAAGGACAUGGAGGGCGUGGCGCUGGAGUCAGUCUUGCAGGGCUUCCUGACCAGCCGUGGGUCUCGCAGGAGGGCCGGGGUGCCUGCGCCCAUGGGCGGCAGCCUGACGGAGCUCACCAUCGAGAGGACCUCCUCUGGGGAGGAGGAGACUGCUGGCAGGGAGGUGGUUCGGAGGCGCUACUCCAGGGCCGUGGAGAAACACAUGAACGGCUGGAAUUCGGCUCAAGACCUCACCGGGAGCUGUGAACAAGGGGAGGCUCUACCCCACAAAAGGGAGGACAGAAGGAGGAGCACGGGCCAGGAGAGGGUGUUGACCGUCAAUGAAAAACGGACCCCGAAAGGGCGUGAUUGGCGGAGGAGCACCUGCAACUUCCCCUCCAGUGCACAAACCGCUGCCUCCUUGGUUGAGGAAGAGGAGGAGGAAGAGGAAGGGAAGGAGAACGAGAAGGAGGUACAGAAGAUUCGGGAGGUGACCCGCAGGGUACUCCGCUACCAGAGCAGUCGAGACAGCCUGCUGCCUGGGGACCCCCCUGCCGAUGGCUCGGGUCAGCCCAGCGGAGCUGCCACUUCGGCCCGGAAGCUCGACAUCCCGGAGGAGGGCUUCAAGCAGCAGGCUGGCAGAGAGGGGCAGCCCAGGACCAUCCUCAGCCCCCGCCUACCUCCCAAGACCACACCCACCGGCCCAAACCGCCGUCACACCCUCCCUGCCCCCCUCAUGGCCUCUCCGAGCGAUCGCGAGGCAAGCCCUGCUCCAGCGCCGCCCAGAGUGCCACCCCCUCCCUUGGCAGUCAUUGGGAAGAUGAAGUCCUUGGACAGCUGUCUGCCACCCCCCCCAGUGGAGCCCCAGGACCAGAACACAAGAACCUCAUCCUCGCUCCCUGACUACCCCCUACAGAGAAUCCCUUCCAGGGGUCCCACAGCCAGGCCCGCGCCCCAGGAGGCAAACGGGGCGGGUGACCCCCCGCCCUCCUUCCGCCUGGGAGAUCUGUUCCACAGACGCUCCAGUCAGGGCUCGGUGAGAGCAGCCAGGCUGGAGAGGCAGGGCAGCUCGGCCUUCGUCUCCUUCUUCAAACGUCUGGGAGAGAAGAACAGCCGCCCCAGCAGCGAGGACCUGGACUCCCGAGAGAGCGCUGACUCCUGA